AUGACUGAAGCCAAGAAGUCUAAGCUGGAUCCAGCAAGAGUAUCCGAGGACUUAAAAGCAAGUGAAAUAGCUAGGUCAUUCAAAGGAGCAGCCGAAAAAGCCCUUUAUAGGGCAAUGCCUCGGGUAGGACAACCAGAAUCAAGAGAGAACCUUUCAAUAGACUCCGAAAGAAAGAGCAUCGGCUUGGUGGGCUCAGAAAAAUAUGGUCGGCAGAUCUGCCUCAUAAAGAGUAGUAAUGUUCCGGGGUCUCGUCCUAAGAUGAGAUUUCCCCCUCUUCCACUUGAUGUGGAUUACCGAGAGAAAUUCUAUUAG